AUGAUGGAAUCGAAAGCUGGUAAUAACAAAUCUAAAAGUUCUUUAUUUUACGAAGCUCCCCUCGGUUACAGCAUUGAAGACGUUCGUCCCUUUGGUGGCAUCAAGAAAUUUAAAUCUUCUGUCUACUCCAACUGCGCUAAGAAGCCAUCCUAG